AAUGCAUGACGUGGUCUUUUAUACUGAGGGAUUGAUUGGUACUCGUUGAGAUGAAUCUGUCUUUUACUAAGUGCUCAGUUAUACACACACACACACACAAACACACAAACACAACAGGAGGCGGGGGGCGUACGUGUUCUGUAAGCACAAAUUUGAGCUCUGUAGCACUGAAAUGAAACCAUUAUCACUGAAGGCUGGUUACAAUAUUGAAUGGGAAAGCUAAGUAAGUCUAUUGCUUAUCAUCAAUAACAUGGCAUUAUAAUUACCAAAUCAUUAUGGCAGAGCUUUAUAGCACAGUGUUUCAAUAUAGGCAUAAACUUAUUACAUAUGGGUCUCUUGUUGAAUUGGGUACAUUAGUGAAUUUGGUCUCUUGGUGAAUCAGGUUUCUUGGGGAAUCGAUUUUUUUAUUUUUUUUUUGCUGAAUCUGGUCUUUUGGGGAGUUGGAUUUCUGGGUGAAUCAGGUCUCUUAGUGAAUCGUGUCCGUUGGUGAAUCAGGUCUCUGAGUGAAUCGGGUGCAUUGGCGUACCAGGUCUCUAAUGAAUCGGGUGCAUUGGCGUAAUAGGUCUCUUAGUGAAUAGGGUGCAUUGGCGUAUCAGGACCCUUAGUGAACUCUUAGUGAACCAAAUGCAUUGGUGAGUUUGUCUCUUGGUGAAUCGGGUCUCUAAGUGAAUCAGAUGCAUUAGUGAGUCGGGUCUCUUAGUGAAUCAGAUGUAUUGGUGAGUCGGGUCUCUUAGUGAAUCAGAUGUAUUGGUGAGUCGGGUCUCUUAGUGAAUCAGAUGCACAGGUGAGUUGGUCUGUUAGUGAAUCAGGUCUCUGAGUGAAUCGGGUCUCUUAGUGAAUCAGAUGCAUUGGUGAAUCAGGUCUCUUAGUGAAUGAAACGCGUUUGUGAGUCGGGUCUCAGUGAAUCAGAUGCACAGGUGAGUUGGUCUCUUAGUGAAUCAGAUGCACAGGUGAGUUGGUCUCUUUAGUGAAUCGGGUUUCUUAGUGAAUCAGACAAAUUGGUGAAUCAGGUCUCUUGGUGAAUCAGAUGCAUUGGUGAAUCGUGUCUCUUGCUGAACUGACUGUAUUGCAUUUCUUUUAUUUUUCUAGGUUAAGAAAAAAGGAUGUUCUGUCUGUCUGUCUAGCUACUCUAGCUAGAUAGUAUUAAGACAGCAUGAGAGAGAGAGUGUUAGAGAAGAUUUGAAGGACGAAGCUGUUGCUUUGGAAGUAGAGUGCGUAGGUGGGCAAACGAGAGAGUAAUAGAGAGAGAGAGAGAGACUCCAGUAUUUCAUCGCGACUGCGAUCACAAUUUUCUAUGUCUUGUAUUUCAUUUGAGAGCAACUGGAGAGUUAGAGAGAGAGUUUUAGAGAGAAAGAGAGAGAGCGAGUGCUCCAGUCUGGUGAAUCUGUGAGUCUCUGUAUUCAGUCUUCAGCAUCAGUGCACAGUGAGGGUGUGUGAGUGUGUUUCCCAUCUGCUCUGGGCUCAGCACGCGGUGUGUGUAUGUGUGUGUGAGUGAGUGUGUGUGUGUGUGUAAGGAUCAGUCAUGUCAGUGUUAAAGCGGAAUCGACAGAGCAAACGUUCGUCUGAGUCCAUCUACGACAUGCUGCACCUGAGCACGGAGCAGGUCGCUGCUUUUUGCCGAAGUCUUCAUGAGAUGAGCCCUUCGUCGGAAGCAGCUUCGGCUUCGUCCUCUUCCUCACUUCCUCGUCAGCUCUCAGAUGCGGACAAACUGCGCAAGGUCAUCUGUGAGCUCGUGGAGACCGAGCGCACCUACGUUAAGGAUUUGAAUUGUCUUAUUGGGAGAUAUUUGACUCCUCUGCAGAAGGAAAGCUUCCUCACCCAGGAUGAGCUGGACGUGUUGUUCGGGAACCUUCCGGAGAUGCUGGAGUUUCAGGUGGAGUUUUUGCGCACGCUGGAGGACGGAACGCGACUCGUCCCUGACCUGGAGAAACUGGAGCAAGUCGAUCAAUUCAAGAAAAUACUCUUCUCUCUCGGCGGUUCGUUCCUUUAUUACGCCGAUCGCUUUAAGAUCUACAGCGCAUUCUGUGCGAGUCACACUAAAGUCCCCAAAGUCCUGGUGAAAGCAAAGACGGACCCGGACUUUAAGGCGUUCCUGGACGAGAGGAACCCGAAGCAGCAGCACUCGUCCACACUCGAGUCAUAUCUGAUUAAACCCAUCCAGAGAGUGCUGAAGUACCCACUGCUGCUGCGUGAGCUUUACACACUCACCGACCCCGAGAGCGAGGAGCACUACCACUUGGAUGUGGCAGUGAAGGCCAUGAAUAAAGUAGCCAGCCACAUUAACGAGAUGCAGAAGCUCCAUGAGGAAUUUGGUGCAGUGUUCGACCAGCUCAUCUCAGAACAGUCCGGCAGUAAGAAAGAGGUAGCUGAUCUUUCGAUGGGAGACCUGCUGCUACACACCACUCUGAUUUGGCUCAAUCCUUCCUCAUCUCUCGGAAAAUGGAAGAAGGAGCCACAACUCGCCACCUUCGUGUUUAAAACAGCCGUCGUUUUUGUCUGCAAAGACGGCUCCAAACAAAAGAAGAAAAUGGGUGGGUCACAACGGGCAUCGGUAUCAGGUGAAGACAGAGACCCGUUCCGUUUCCGUCACAUGAUCUCCACUGACGCCCUUCAAGUUCGAACCCUGACUGGUGCAGAUGGUGAUAGCGCUGCGGUGUGUGAGAUCAUCCAUGUGAAAUCGGAGUCGGAAGGAAGGCCUGAGAGAGUGUUUCACCUGUGCUGCAGUUCUCCCGAAAGCAAGAAGGACUUCCUGAAGACAGUGCAUUCCAUUUUAAGAGACAAACAGAGACGGCAGCUGAUGAAGACAGAAAGUCUUCCUCCUAGCCAGCAGUAUGUGCCGUUUGGAGGGAAACGUCUGUGCGCUCUGAAAGGAGCUAGACCCACGAUGAACCGAGCAGCCUCUGCUCCAACACGUACUUUGGGUCGGCGCAAGCUAGUGCGAAACCGCUUCACCAUCGACACGGACAUCGUGUUUGACACCGACGCCGACUCGCCAGACUCCCAGGCUUCCCUGCAGCCAGGCGACACAGACCGCUGGGUGGAGGAGCAGUUCGACCUGCAGCGCUACGAGGAGCAAGAGCAAGCAAAAGAGACGGAUUUACUGAGUGAUGAGGACGGUGACGACGAAGACCUCAGCCAGGACCUAGACGGACCCGUGUCGGCCAUGUCACUGGAGGACGAAGAAGAGGAACCUAAAACUGAAGGCAAAGACUGCAAAUCCCAGCAUGCUUUGAGGCUGUCCCAUCUUGGGAAGCAGUGCGCCAUGUCGGUGGCCAGCGUAGACGAGCAGUCGGUUAUUGCCGAUGAGAACGUGUGGGUGCGACGGGAGAUGAGCAGUACUGACAGUGAUACACAGAACGAGUCACAGAGCUGAAGACUAGCUCACGUUUCAUUAUUUCAUGAGAACAGAGUUUAGUUCGAACACCAUACAGUAAUAUAGAGCUCGCGUAGGGAUGGCUGAGCGGAAUUCGGACAGAAACAAAAAAGAGUCAGAAACGUAACGACCAGACUUUAGAUACUUCAAAGGAAAUACAAAACCACUAAAUACAUCGGGCAAGUGCUAAUCCCUAUUGAGCAGCACAGUCUUACUAUUGUGCUGCAAGUGCACACUUACAUUACUCUUUCUAGAAGAAACCCAUCGAGCGCAGAGAUUCUCUCCAGCACCACAAAUAUACAGCAGGUGAUAGAUCUAAUACCUAAACGCUCUCUUAACUAGCACUUUGGACAUAAGAUUACUUCAGCCGUGUCAAGACACUUUCAGUUAUUUCAGGCGUCGUCUUCAAAUUUACACCACCCAAACAGUAGGUGAGAUGGAACGUGAAUAUCUAACCAGUAUCGGCUUGAUGUGUGAAAUGUACAAUAACAAAACGUACAACCAUAAAAACACUGAGACGACAUCGUGUGACAUUGGCCAAUUAAUACCAUGUUUUUGUUUGAAAAACAUUCCCAAUGGAUUGACUACUGAUUUGACUGUAGGUGUGAAUGUAUGCGCAUGGUGGCCUGAGGGUGUAUUUCCACCACACACCCAGGCUUCCUGGGUGAAGCUCCCCAACCUUGAUCAUGAUAUGGAAGAUAAUAAUAAUACUAUUGCAUUCCGUUUAUAUAGCACCUUUCCAACGCGCAAGGUUACUUCAUAAUGGCGAUUCUCAAUCUAUUCCAGAUUGAUUCCUAUGUAACCAUGUUUCUACGACUUAAGGGAGGACUUCCAGAGCGUGUUUUUAUUUGGGACUUUCAGAGUAUAACCAGUUGCUUGCUUCCUUACCAAGUACCAAUAGCGAAAUUGUCCCCUUGUGACCAUGUCCUCAUGUGUUCAGGCUAUAAAAUAGCCCCUGCUAUAUCACGUGCAUGCUCUGGCCGUUCUCGUCAAUCCAGGUGACCCAGGUUGCCAUGUGGUCCAGAACAAAAUGAAGUAGAACCUAAUCUAACCUCGGUUCUACAACAGACCAGAAAAUCGUUAAAAGGCGAUGUAAGGAUCACAGAGCUACAGUAUACUCAGCAUCUUAAAUCCUCCACAAGACGAGAAGGGAAAGAGGAUGAGCUUGACGUAAUGGGGACCUUUUUAUAGGCUGCAUAGUCAUGCUCUUUGUACCGGACAAACGGGAAUACUCGACUAGCUCCUCUGGUAGUCCUUUCAGUCUUAAAACUUUGGUGACACACGUAACCUUCCAUUCUUCUUCCUUUCAUUACAGACCACCAGGCCGGUUGCUUUUGAAAUUGAUCUCACGGUCAAAGGUGAUGACUUUGCUAUUAGUUCUCAUUAUGUACAUGAGUAUAUUCCCCUAGUACUGAAGGAAACUGCCUGGAAGUCCAGAACUAAAGGCAGCAGAACUGGAUUCUUUUGCAAUUUUUUUGUAUUUUUGUUUUACCAAAAUCAUUUUAAACAAGGUGGCUUGUAUUUGGUGGUACCGUUUUAGAGCGCUAUUAGGGUGGGCAAGUACACUGAUCACUGAUGUGUGAUUACCUGGAGGAAGGGGAUGAUGGAAAAACAAAACAGUGUUGUUGUGAUGUCUUCCUUAUUAGCGAGCAAGUUACCAGAGCAUGUUAGCAGAAUCAGAGAGAAUCGUUUAUGAUCGGCUACGCUACUUUGGAGCGCUGGAUUUGUACCGGAACUUCUGAAUCGUCAGUAAUAUGGUAGCAUUGUGACGUGAAGGUCCAAAAGUUCAUUAUAUCAUCAUUCUUACUUGGGGGAAACUUUGACCUCAGAGGUAGUGUUUUUUUUUGGUUUUUUUUGCACAUGCUACAAUUUCAGCAAAGCCUGGAAAAUCUGAAACAGUUCAGUGAUCAGUGAUGGACAGGAGUGCUACAGUCACACAAUCGUAUGUCACAGGAUGCCGGGAUAACACACUCAUGCACCCGUGCUUUUUCCACUACGGUCUCUAAAAGACUCUCGUGUGUGGGUGCUGUGUUCCGUCAUACACUCAGUAUAUUUAUUUAGUUACUACACAAGUCCCCAGUCUCUCCAUGUUCAUUUUUUUAAUUCUAUAUGUUCAAUUUGUCUCAAGCACUUAUGCUUUUUAUUUAUUGCGUCAAUCUAAAGUAUAGUCAUUAUUAGCCUUCUAAAUAUUAUACUAAUUCUAAUAACGUGUACAGACUUGUUUUAGUAAGAGCAGCGCUUUCUUUUUUUCUUUCUCUUUCUUUCUUUUUUCUUUCUUUUUUUUUUUAAAAGUUGUACAUAUUUGCAUUCUUUUCCAAGUGUUUUAAAAUUUAAUUAUUUUUUUCAUUUUGAAGAAAAUUAUCAGGAUUGAACCAUUUUGUACAUAUGUACAUAUACUUUAUAUACAUAAGUACACGUAUACACGUAAGGUAAAGGUGUAGGGGAUAACCAUCCAAGGAAAUGCAUCAUGUUAUCUACUUCCAACGGCACAUUUUCAAAGAAAACAACAUAUAAAGUCGGUUUUAAGGUAUAUUUCUGCUAGCUAGAAACGCUCCAAAAUACAACAUUGAUGCUAAUUUAGGCAGUCUGAGCAACAUAACCUGAACGGCACGAGUUUUAUUUUCGCCUGUAGGUGUGUUCUAGCAGGCCGCGCCCCUUGUUUAGUUGAAAUUUAAAUCGACACAAACAGCCACAGAGCUACGGGUGUAAAAAAUAUCACUAGAAUACCGAACGUCACUGGUUUAUCUACAGCGAUAACACGUGUUCCUAACAAUUUCAUGCUCAGCACUGACAUGUCUGUGGUCGAUUUAUGAACCCAGUGCGAGGAAGCGAGGAAAUAAAUUCUCAACGCUGUGAUAAUGUACAGUACAACAAUCAUUAGGUGUAGCAGUCUGGUAAAACCCUACACAUGGUGAACUCUUGCCAUGUCCUCCUAUAUAGAAGUAAAGCUCUAGGUGAACAAGGAGAACAUUACGUGUAAACAUUUUAUUCAGGCUACAGCGCAGGAGCAUCGUAGACAUUUUGACGGUCGGUAUCGAAUCGAUUAGGAUUAUGUGCAUUUUUCUAGGACACGUAGAUAUCGAGCCACUUGAUCAAAGCGUGACAUUCACGGUGCAAACGUGAGAGUCACGCUAAACUAGUGAGGCUUUUAGACGUCUUUAGGCAGACGGACUGUUAUAAGACAACGCAAGGUUGGAAGGUAAAUAAAAGCGGUAUUAUUGUUUUCAUAAAUUUGAGGUGUUAUAGGUAGAAAAAAAAAAACAAGUUUUCAUGGUUUAUAAAAAUACCAUUUUUUAAAAAAAUGCUUAAGCUCCAGUGAAAUCUUGAAGGUUUUCCAGACUGUUAAGCGUAUUAAAGCAGACUGUUUUUGAGCCAAAACGUUAAAAAAACAAAAAAACAACAACAAUCAGCUAGCCUCAAUUGUUAGCUAAACGUCUAAGUUGUAAGACCUUCAGGUUAAAAUGUUUGGGGUUUUUUUUUUGUUUUUUUUUAAGCAUGUAAAACGCUGACACGUGAAGCACGGUGGUCCUCCAGGGCUCAAGUCGAGUCGGAUAUUGAGUUGGACACGUCAAGGUUAACUUAUUUUAUUGGUGGUUCUUUCAGCAAAAGAAAUUCGUCCGUACAGGAUUUCACUUCACAGGUUCGUGGAGGGUUUUUGUCUCUGUGUGUGUGUGUGUGCGCUUUUUUCGAGGGAAAACUACUUUGGCGAAAUUGUAAUCGCACGAAAUGGUUUCGCAGUGAUGUUUGUUGGUACAGUAAACGAGAGCUGUACUCAUGUCAGACGCACGUGAAUCGAAGAGAACUUUGAAUGAACGCGUGUCGUGAUUACACACGUGACUUGACGUGACACGUCUCGGCCCGAAUCUGCCAAUUAAUAUUCGUUUCUGCGGUCGCAAAAUGGAGGGACUGAUCAGUGAAUCCAAGAUGAAGGUUCAGGGUCUUGCUUUAGGGUUCAACUAACACCAUUUUGGUCAAUAAACAGUUCACAUCUCAUUAUACAGUCGUGAAGUCAAUAAACUUUAAUAAACCCCCUGCACCUUUAGACGUCGGAGAAAGGCUUUUGAAUAUUCUUCUGUUUUGUCCGUUUAAUUAUCCCAGCAUUAUUUAUCAGGAGAGUCAAUUAUGUUAUUAUUUUGUUUGAUUCUGCAUAAUGCUUUGUUUAACACUAUAUAAAUCCUGUUUUACUUGAAUUUUUCAUUUUUUCUAAAGCAAUAGUGGUUUUUAAGUG